AUGAGCGGCUCCGGCUCGACCCCGGCCACGCCGGACGAGGUGCGCUCCGACAGCGAUCUCGACGGGCCCGUCUCCCCCGGCUACGAGUCCUCCGAGGCUAGCACGCCCCUCGACGAAAUCUCUGACCCCUCCCCUGAUCCCUCGCUGGACAAACCCAAGCGCAUGCCGUCCUUACGGUCCGUCUCCGAACCUCAUCAUAACAUGAACCCCAACUCAACGCCUCACGGCGUCCUCGGCAGGGCCAGGAACCCUGUCCCCGUGGGCUCUCCCUUCGCCGCUGGUGCCGCCGCCGCCAUGGACAACAGCGUCAUGGCUAGGGCGCGCGCCCUCCACCAGCAUCGCCUACAAAAAGGCAUGAUGCCCACCUCCAGCUCGCCCACGUCCCCCGCGCCUGGCGGGCCUAUGGCCGGCCACAAUGGCUUCCCGGGCACCCUUCGCAUGCCCCCGAACCUGCACCGACCCGGCCCGGUGCCGCAUGCCAACUCAGCACCUUCGGCCCCGGGACAGUCCCUCAGCCAGCGACGAGCCAACAAGCUGGGGAUGGGCAUGAAGCUUCCCGACAUGGGCGGCGCAUCGUCGUCUCCCGGGAGCUUCAAGCUCUCGGACAUCACCGGGAGUAAACCCGGCGAACCGGGGGCCAACGGCUCCUCCGGCCAGGGCUCCAAGCUUGAUGACUACAAGCAGUACAUUGACGCCGAGAAGGGUUGGAUCACUUUUGACGGCGCCGCCACAAUAACAAGAACUGGUGUUAACUUCGCCAAUGGCCAGACCUUUAGCAUCUCUCUUGAUGAAGUGGAGAAGCUCGACGAGCUGGGCAAGGGCAACUAUGGCACCGUCUACAAGGUCAGGCAUGCCAAGCCCGCCGUGCCGCGCUUCGGCCAGGGCUUUUCCGGCUCUCGUCUGACGCAGAGACCCUCGGAUGCUUCGCAAGGGAGCGCAGCCGACGAUGCCAAUGGCGCGGACGGCACCACGGGCAAGGUCAUGGCCAUGAAGGAGAUUCGACUCGAGCUAGACGAUGCCAAGUUCACCACGAUCCUCAAGGAGCUCGUUAUCCUGCACGAGUGCGUAUCGCCGUACAUCAUAGACUUUUACGGAGCCUUUUUCCAGGAGGGCGCCGUAUACAUUUGCAUCGAGUAUAUGGACGGCGGCUCCAUCGACAAGCUGUACGACGGCGGCAUUCCCGAGAGCAUCCUGCGCAAGAUCACCUACUCGACCGUCAUGGGCCUCAAGACGCUCAAGGACGACCACAACAUCAUCCACCGCGACGUCAAGCCCACCAACGUGUUGGUAAACACCAGGGGCCAGAUCAAGAUCUGCGACUUUGGCGUCAGCGGCAACCUCGUGGCCAGCAUAGCCAAGACCAACAUUGGCUGUCAGAGCUACAUGGCGCCGGAGAGGAUAUCGGGCGGUGGCAUGGCGCAGUCGGGCAACGCCGACGGCACCUACAGCGUGCAGAGCGACGUGUGGAGUUUGGGCCUGACCAUCAUCGAAUGCGCCAUGGGCCGCUACCCCUACCCGCCCGAGGUGUCGUCGACCAUAUUCAGCCAACUGAACGCCAUUGUCGAAGGCGACCCGCCAGAUCUGCCGUCGGAAGGGUUCUCGGACGCGGCCCGCGACUUUGUGCGCAGCUGUCUGCACAAGAUACCCAAGAAGCGACCGACGUAUGCCAUGCUGCUGCAGCACCCGUGGCUCAAGCCAUUCUCGAAGCCGCAGACCAUCACCGAAGAAGCCGAGGAGGGCGAGGAAGCGGAACAAGUGGCCGAGGCGGUGGGAAAGAUACAGCUCGGCGGCGGGACCGAGGACGACGAGGUGGCCGACUGGGUCAAGGGCGUGCUCAGACGGAAGCAGGAGGGCAUGGGGACCAACGGGCCCACCAGACCGGCGCUGCACGCCGCGCCGCUCGACUCGGUGAGCCCCCUCGGCAGUCCGCUGCUGCAGAAGCCAGCCGGGGGGCUCUAA